CUUUGGUCCCUCCUUUCUUACAUUAGAUACACUUCCCAUGAACACAAAAGCCACUCAAACAUCUACCUGACACGAACACACAUGUUUCAAGAAGCUGCAUCACCAAAGUACCCUAUCUCACUCCCAAGUGAGGGGCGUUGGGACCACCAGAGAACAUGUCGCAUGGACCCAGAACACCGACAAAGUGUCCUUCAUGUUGUCGGCACCUCUUUGAAGGCCAACCUGAACAGGACUGCACCACCAAACUCCAAGUUCUUCUCUGUGAAAUGCACUCCCAGCGUUCAGUACACGAUCAAGCCCCCACCACGGGAGACRUCCCACCUCUCCCCUGUCCCCCUCAGUGGAAACACCGUACUGAUCUUCAGCAUGAAACAGGCCAGCGAAUCUGAAAAUGAUAGCAAGCUGUCUGUUCGCUACUACGGAAAGGACCAAGAAGACUURGGGAGAGCAGUUAUGUACUUGACAGCUAUCGAAAUCUCUCUGGAUGUGGAUGCUGACAGAGAUGGUGUUGUGGAGAAAAACAACCCUAAUAAGGGGUCUUGGAAGUGGGGUUCUGAUGGUCACGGAGCUAUUCUUUUGGUUAACUGUGACUCUGAGACGUCCUACAACAAAAUGCCAGACACUGAGAAGGAUCGCAUCUCCAAAGUGUCAGAUCUGAAGGACAUGUCUCCAAUGGUGCUGCGGACCAAGGGUCCUGCCAAACUCCCAGAGGGCUACAAACUCACCAUGCACAUUUCUCGGGGAGAUGCGGAGAACGUCAGAGUCUUUAGACCCAGAUCCAACAAAGAGCCAACUAAUUUCCUGGAUAAUUUUUUAAGUACUUUUAUCAAGGACUAUCCACUGGUACUGAGCCGAGAGGUCCUGUCAAAGGAAGUGCCUUACCUGGGAGGUGUAGCAGAAAUGAACUUUUAUGUGGAGGGCCUCAGGUUUCCUGACAUGAACUUUGAUGGACUUGUCACCAUCAACCUCAGUCUAUUAGAGCCCAUCAAUGAAGGUCUUCCAGAGACGCCCAUUUUCUCAGACAAAGUGGUGUUCAGAGUGGCUCCGUGGAUCAUGACACCCAACACUCUGGAGCCUGUGGAAGUGUUUGUCUGCAGUACACGCGAUAACUACCAGUUCAUGAAAGGAAUAAAAGAUCUUGUUCAAAAGAGCAGACAUGAGCUGAAGGUUUGCUACGAGUACAUGAACAGAGGAGACCGCUGGAUGCAGGAUGAACUGGAAUUUGGUUACAUCGAUUCGCCCCAUCAAGGCUUUCCUGUUGUUCUAGAUUCUCCCAGAGAUGGAAAGCUGAAGGACUUCCCAUAUGAGACGCUGCUGGGUCCUGACUUUGGCUAUGUGACCAGGUUGGCUUACAAUGAAAAGGUGAGCAGUUUGGACUCGUUUGGUAACCUGGAGGUCAGCCCCCCUGUCACYGUGAAUGGGAAAGAAUACCCCCUGGGCAGAAUCAUCAUUGGAGUUGCCUUCCCAACGGCAAAUAAAGGACGAAACAUGACCAAAGUGGUUCAAGAUUUCUUGUGGGCUCAGAAGGUCCAGGAGCCCAUUGCCUUGUUUUCUGACUGGCUUUAUGUCGGCCAUGUUGAUGAAUUCAUGACUUUUGUUCCUGCACCUGACAGAAAGGGCUUUCGRCUGCUGCUGGCCAGCCCAGACGCAGGCUACAAACUGUUCCGAGGUUUAUACAACGACGGACAUGGAAAAGCCAAACUGUUUGAUGGUCUGGAAAAUCAGGAGCCAGUGACUGUGGAGCAGAUACUUGGUGAUGAAUCUCUUCGAGCUGAAAAUAACUACGUACAGAGCUGCAUUGACUGGAACAGAGAUGUCCUGAAGAGAGAGCUGGGCCUGGAUGAUGAUGACAUCAUUGACCUGCCSAUCCUUUUCAAGAUGGAACUGGAUAACCGAGAAUUCAGAGCAGUGGCUUACUACCCUGACAUGGUCAACAUGAUCGUYUUGGGGAAAAACCUCGGCGUCCCAAAGCCGUUUGGCCCCAGAGUGAAUGGACGCUGUGCCCUCGAGGCCGAGAUGUGCUCCCUGAUGGGGGGUCUGGGUCUCCAGUGCACGUUCAUCGACGACUUCGCCUCCUACCACAAACUCCUGGGAGAGGUGCACUGUGGCUCCAACGUGCGGCGGAAACCGUUCGACUUCAAGUGGUGGAACCUGAAGCUGUGAAUUUCCCUUCUGGUUGUUUUCGUGUUGCUAACGGGAGAGAGGUCAUCAGCAAGCCCAUGUAUGAGAACAUGCAAACUGGGCCGGGGAGGCAAUGCUGAGAGGCGACAUGUCUUAUCACUGCUGAACUGUGUCAAACAACAGGGAACUAACAUGGUUUUCAUCUGAAUUAUUUCUAAUUAUUAGAAAAUACGGGUCCCAAAAACAUGAGCUUCAUAUUCAUCUUUAUUAAACAUUUGUUUCAUUUACAAAAAAAAAAAGAUGAAAAGCAAUAUUUACAAACAAGCCUUACAAACUAAGACUUAAGCAAACARCUAACUAGGACAAAAAUACAAUCAUUUGAAUUGAGAACACAGAUGUUUUCCUCAGUGCAGAUUGAAAGAACCACAAAGCAAUGUGCAGUAAUGACAUCACRCCACAAGGGGGCAGACUUUAUCUACUCCAACAUUUGCAAGCUCAAAUAGUCUUUCUGAGGACUGCAGUGCUGUUUAUUUAAUAUGACUGCCAAUUUUUCUGUUCCUAAAACAGUUUAAUGGAAGAAUUGUACACUGUAGGUUGUUUUAUGUUUGUUUCUGUGUCCUUUUUAACCUUUUAAGUGCCAAUUCUGUCACCAUUAACCACUUAAUAAAUAUGUUUUUUUUAAUCAAACAGCAUAAAUAAAACAACUGUUCUUUCUUUUCUAAUAAAAAUUAAAUACAAUUAUUCUCUAUUUAGAUUUACAUUCAAGCCAUUUGGCAGCACAGUGCCUUUAAAUAUGCCCUUCCCUCUAAAGCUGCUCCAGUGACACCAUCAUAAAGGCAAUGUCCAGAUGAGUCACAGUGUAAUUCAUUUUCAGGGGAAAAAAAAAUAAAUUAAAAUCAGUCUCCUCCAAAAGGAUAUUUCAGAAUAUGUAGUGCUUACAGUAGGUCAUACAUUUAUAUUUAUAUUACAUUUUACAAAAAACAAACUGACAUUUGGCUCUCUAUCAGCGAUGUGCACUGCAUAUGGAGAUGGCUGGUUUUCAAUAAAAAUAAAAAACAGAAAUCACUCAAACACUUCCAUGUGAAGCAGUGCAUCAGUGCGCAGAAAAAAAGCAGCUUUACGUCACGGACAGAGCUGCUGAACACAGGUGGUGUGGAACAAAGGGCGUUUGGAGACUAAACAGCAGUACCUUCAUGUGUCACCAGUUAUUACUAUAACCCAGUCAUAUAGUUGACCCUGUCACCCACACACAAGAUGGGUGAGACAAGUUUUCAGAGCCACCGGCAGCAGCGUUAAACAUUUUGCAGAAAACAGGACAAACUUGCCAAAAAUAAGUUGCACAGCAGAAUAGCCUUUUAAUAAAACACAGAAGGUGGCAGCCACUCACUUGGUAYGUCAAAGUUAAAACUAUGUACAGUGUCACAGUGAGAUGUGUAUUUAAUAAAAAAACAAAGAAAAAAACAUAUUUCUUGUAGUACUCUGUAAAAGCUGAAAAUUUGUUUCAUCAGUCUGUAUUUUCUCUCUCUCAGGCGUAAAAAUCCUCGUUCAAAUCCCGAGCUUUGAAAAAACGACUCACGGCGGCGUCCUGUCGAACGAGCAGGUGAACUGUUUCACUGCUACCAAACGUCAGCCAUGUUUGAUGCCGCGUGGAUGCGGAGGUCCAUUUUCUUUCGACACGAGGACCCCAGGAUUUCCACGCAGUGAAUGAAAAAAAAAAAAAAA